AUGGCGACCAGCGCGCCUCUGCUCGGCAAGCAGGGCAAGGCCGCCCACAGCAAGGCAUCGAUCUUCUAUGGAGCAGACGAGUAUCUUGAGGAGCUUAAGAAGAAGUACGAACACCUCCUAGAGGUGCUGUUCCUCGGGUCUCUAGGGUCGCGCGUGUUAGGCGUUGCCCAGAGCAACGACAAGAUGCUCUCCGUUCAGAAGAACGACGAGAACAGGAGCCUGAAGACCAACCGGCUCUUCCCGACCCCGAACAAGCCAGACCCGAUGCCGCAGAACUUGGCGUGGAAUGUCCUUACCGCAAUUUUCUUCACUCAAGUGCUCAUGGUGAUCGGCUACUGUGCAGCCCUGGCUACCUUCCCGGACUACUGGUGGACCUGCACGCUGUGCUUCGGCCUCCCGUUCUCGUACAUCGCCAUCCAGAACAUCUACAUUGAUCACGAUGUGAUGCAUGGCGCCACUUUCCCGGUUUACGAGUGGCAGCGCUUCUUGACACAUCCAUUCGCCGAUUUUUUUAGCCUUCCGUGGGAGGAAUUCGUGCUGGAGCACAACAGGCAUCAUGCCUCAACUGUGGACUUGCUGAUCCAGGGCGAGUUCGGCUGGGACCCUGAGGAGUUCCAUUACGCCCUCCAGCAGUGGGCCGGGCCAUGGAGCUCCAACUGGUACAAGUACCUGCUCACCGUUCCCUUCAUCCCUGUGAUCCAUUUCUUCGGUCUGAACGAUACCGGCUCUCUGUUUGCCUUGGAGUGGUGGAUGCACUUCCCCGACGAGGGUGCAGGUGGCAAGUGCAACAAGGAGUUCUGGAGCAAGUGGAUUCCACGCCGCCUCAAGCACAAUGCCUUCGUGCUCUCGCUGUGGGCGUGUGUGUGGCUUCUCGGCACCUACCCUCUGGGACGUCCUCUGAGCGAGGGCUGGCGGUUCAUGUUCACUGUGUCCGUCUUCGCUCGCAUCGGCUACUCCGCGGCCUGGAUGUUCAUCACCAACUUCACUCAUAGCUUGCCUUGGAACGAGUUCCUGGCACAGGAUCCGGGCCGCACCUGGCCUGUCCUUCAUAACGUGAUGGCCAUGGUUCUGGGAGGAAAGCACCGCUGGAACGAGAUGCUCUUCCACGAUGUGCACCAUGCCUUCCCGAACGCCGUCGGCACGCUGAGCCAGCGCGGCCGCUUUCACGGCUGGGAGAAGGCCCUUCAGCCCUUGUUGAAAGACCUUGGCAUGUCCUAUCUUUAUCUUCUACUGCACGUCGUCGCCACAGACUAUGAAGCACUUGAAGUGUGCGGUUACGUCAGCGACACUAAGCGCACCUUCCCCGCACCUCAAAUCCAGGUUCAUGAUGCAGCUGCAGAAGUCCUGCACCGCGGGCUGUGGAAGCCCAACGGUGAUGAGGACGCCCUGUCUCAGGAAGCUGCAGACUCUCCGCUCUCCCCUCGAAAAACCCAAACAGCAGAAUGCUGCCAUUGCUGGUGCUUGUUGCAGGUGCACAAGAGAGGUUGGCGGAUCGAGUCUUCGAUGUUUGUCUUUGCUGCUCAGGAGACCCAGAUGCAGAAGACGCAGAAGAAGCGCUCCAUGAUGAUGAAGCAGGGCAAAUGA